UUAGAAUGAAUGACUUAAAUUUGACAGUGACAUUGUCAAAUAUGUUUGGUUUCGGUUUUUCUUCGUUGUUUUAGUUUCAACUCAAGUUUUUACUAAAUAAUUGAAAUUUCUAAAUGAAACAAAGACAAUAAUUACUAUCGUUACAAUAUAGACGGUCCGAUGGAGAUAACUGACGGUGUUUUGUGUAUAGGAUGCCUUUGUGUAGGUAGAAAAAUGUUAAUUCUUGAAGACUACUGGAAGAAGAAAUGUUUUUUACAAAUUCUAAGUGAAAUACCGGUAAUGCAGAAUGAAAGCACACCAAUGUCUGUGUGCUGGGAAUGUGAUGCGAUUAUAUCACGCUUUACCAAAUUCAAGCGACAAGUUGUUCGUAAUUUUGAAAUGUUUCAGAAUUAUUUGAGACAGAAUAUAGAUUUAUCACUUAUAAAAUCAACAUCAAACUUAGCGAAUCAUAAAAUUGAAGAUACAGUAAUAACAUCUGAUAAUUAUAUAGAGGACAUCAAACCAGAAAAAAUAUGGGAUGUUAAUAUAAGUAAUAUAAAAUGCGAAGACACAGAUUCCGGAGACAGAGAACCUUUAAUAGAAAUAAAAAGAAAAAAGAAAUCAAGUAAAUCAAAUGAGAUAUAUACUAAAGAAUACAAAGAGAUUGAAUUAAGCGUAGAAGAUAUAGAAGAAGAAAGAAGUAUAUUAUUUUGCAAAGAAGAAUAUAAAAAUUCGAUAUAUAAAUGUGAAAAUUGUAUAAUAGUAUUUCCGAAUGCAGAUGAUUUGAAAGACCAUAUUUAUUUGAAACAUGAAUUGAAUGCAUCAAAAUAUAAAUGUAACAUAUGUAAAUGUACUUUUUCAAGUGAAAUUUCAUAUAAUUAUCAUAUGAACAGACAUAAGAAGAGAUUUCAAUGUGUCAUAUGUAAUAACAACUUUAUAAGCAAGAGAAGUGUUACAAAACAUUAUAAUAUAACGCAUUACCAAAGGUUAAUUUCUUACAGUGUAGAUUAUCAAAUGGAAAAUAAAUUAAAUUGUGAUCAGGAUGAAAUUAUUGAAAAAAUUCAAGAUGACAACAGUUUAGAACAACCAUCUUUCCCGUGUGAACUAUGUUCGAAGACGUUUCGAUGGAAGACAUCUUUAAGGAAACAUGUAGAAACGCAUCGCAUAGAAACUGGACAGAAAAGGAAGCCUUAUUGUGAAACAUGCAGAUUGUCUUUCACAACAACAUCCAAUUUACAAAAACAUGUAAAAACCAGCUCAAAACAUCAAAUAUUAUUAAAAGUCAGGAAGUUAAAAGAUUCUCCUCUAGAAGAUAAUCCAGAGAAGAAAAGAGACAGAAUAGAAGAGAUUAAAGCAUCAGUGAAUAAGCAAAGAGAGACAUAUCCUUGUCCGCAAUGUGACAAAAGAUUUCAAUGGAGAGGAAAUCUAGCCAGACAUAUGGAUAGUCAUACUGCCAGAGCCAAAGGUGAUUUAGUUUGCGAGCCGUGCAAUAGAACGUUCUCAUCUAAAGCUACGUACGAACAACAUAUGAAAAUCAGCAUGCGACAUGUCUCUGAGAAUGAUUUCAAAUAUAUGUGCAGUGAAUGUGGCAAACGAUUCGCAAACAAGACUCGACUCCGAGACCACGUGGAUUGGGAUCACUUAAAAAAUUACGUACACAAAUGUACAGACUGCCAAAAGGUAUUCAAAAGUCAUACAUCUUUAUACCUACAUAAGCAAAAUGUCCACGAAAAGGACCAAGCAGGUCAUCUUUGUCAUCAUUGUGGGAAGGCAUUUCCGAACCAGGCAAAACUUCGCGGACACGUGUCUGGAUUACACUCGCGCGAGGCACCAUACAAAUGCGGCACGUGUAACGCGCGCUUCAGUUGGCAUUCGUGUCUGUCGAGACACGUACGUCGUGUACACCGCAAGAGAGACACAACGAAUUAAUUAGAAUUAUAAUAAAAAUUUCUCAAAUAAAGUAAAACAUCUUUAUUCG